AUGUCACAAGCCUCAAGACCAAAAGCCUAUGAACUUCCUUGCAUAUUUAGUAGACUAGUUAGUCGUUAUGAUAAAAUCGGUCUAAGUGCUUGCGAAACCUCUGCAACACAAAUCUGGAGGCAUGCUGAUAGUCAAGCAGCAGUUAGGCGGCUCCCAUUAUUUCAGGCUUUUAUGCCUGAACUCGCAGAUCUUCAAUCUAGUUUAAUAGAGCUUGAAAGAACUGAAGGUCUAUUGAGAAGUCAAGGAAAUAGCGCAGGUGUAGAAAAUUUCGCUAAUUGGAAUUCUCAACAUAGCGACCGGGAUAAACGUAUACAAGAAGUCAUUAAUAUUGCACAGCUCGAAAAAGAACUUUUAUAUGAAGAUAUUGA